CCGAGAGAGAGCUGUCGAAUACUUGUACGACGGUAUUCUGGACUUUUCCAUCCGUACCUGCGCUGCAGCCCUUGCCAUUAUCGUCGCCACUUACAUUACGGGGGUGGCAUUCUCAUACAGUUCUCUUAGGCAGGUCAGUACAUUAUUUUUUUUAUCUUGGAACAGGUUUGUGGUCCCCAAAAUUAACAUCAUCAUUAAUCAAUCAUGAUGAAACACACCAGAAAUACAUUUUGGUAACAUGCGAGUGAGUUCCUUAAAUUUAUUGCUAUUGAUCAUUACAACAAACACGAUGAGCUACACAUCCCCAUCAGAGACGACUGGAAGAAUGGUCCCCUAAUAAAGACACAAUAGGAGUCGGAAUCUACGAACGCAGAAUGAAAAUGAAAAUUUCCUUUUAAUUGGACAAGUUGUCGAUCGUAAUCGAUCACAGCGCUACUAUAAGUAGCAAGGCAAGAAAUCUAUUAAGAUACAAAAGCGCCCACAAAAUAGCUUGCAAAAAUUCUUUAAGAGGCAUGAUCGAACCAGAAAAUUCUUAGUGGGGUGUCUAACUCUCUUGCCAAAGCUGCCAAUCAGCAGACCUAGGAAGCAACGAUUGGAAUGCCGGAAGGAAACAAUGAAUGGAAAUUUUGCCAAGAAGGGCGUAUGAAACGGGAGACCUCUCCUAUCUGUCAUUGAUAACAACAACGUUGAUGUAACCGGCGGACAAUUAUAGUUUUUUUAGCCCGACAUGUUUGAAAAACGCCAAUUCCCUUUUUUGUAAUUUUAUUUUAUACAUUCGUCUUGCUUUGGCAGACGUUCAAAAUGCGCAAAGAAUUUCUGGAGAAGACGCUGAACCAGGACAUCGACUGGUACGCCCUUGCCAUUAUCGUCGCCACUUACAUUACGGGGAUGGCAUUCUCAUACAGUUCUCUUAGGCAGGUCAAUAUAUUAUUUUUUUAUCUUGGAACAGAUUUGUGGUUCCCAAAGUUAACAUCAUCAUCAAUCAAUUAUCAGACAGGUAAUAAAACACACCAGAAAUACAUUUUGGUAACAUGCGAUUGGGUUCCUUAAAUUUAUUGCUAUUGAUAAUAUCCAAAUUGAUCAUUACAACAAACACGAUGAUACACAUACACAUCCCCAUCAGAGAAGAUUGGAAGAAUGGUCCUCUAAUAAGAACACAAUAGGAGUCGGAAUCCACGAAUAUAGAAUGAAAAUGAAAAUUUCCUUUCCAUUGGACAAGUUUUGGGUCAUAAUCAAUCACAGCGCUAUUAUACAUACCAAGGCAAGAAAUCUAUCAAGAUACAAAAGCGCCGACAAAGUAGCCUGCGAAAACUUUUUAAGGGGUAUGAUCGAACCAGAACGUUCUUAGUGGGGUCUCUAACUCCCUUGCCAAAGCCUGCAAUCAAGGAAUGGAACGAAACUACUCAUAGGCAAUGAAAACCUGAUCCGCCAGCGAAUUACCCUAAAACCCAUAUGCCAAAUUGGCAGCAGACGUAGGAAACCACGAUUGGAAUGCCGGGCGUAUGAAACGGGAGAGUUUAUCCAGGACGUUCAAAAUGCGCAAAGAAUUUCUGGAGAAGACGCUGAACCAGGACAUCGGCUGGUACGACCAGAAUCAAACGGGCGACUUCGCCAGCGUAAUUACGGACAACAUUCCCAAAAUCGAAGAAGGCAUCGGUGACAAAGUCGGCACGUGCCUCUUCUUCUUCUCCACUUUCGCUUCGGGUCUUAUAUGGGCUCUGAUCAAGGGCUGGAAACUGGCUUUGGUCUGUUUAGCGGCGUUUCCCAUUCAGCUUUUAGUGAUGGGCGUGAUAAGUUGGCUGUCCGCUAAAUACUGUAAACAAGAGAUGCAAGCUUACAGUGGGGCGGGUUCUGUUGCCGAGGAGGUACUCAGCUCUAUUAGAACAGUAGUGGCGUUUGAGGGGCAAGAGAGAGAGUGCAAAAGAUACGAAACAUACGUGAAAGAAGCCAAAGACAAUAACAUGAAGAAGUGUCUGUUUAACGCCAUCAAUCAGGGUUUCAUUUGGUUCUUGACAUACUCGUGUUACGCGCUUGCCUUUUGGUAUGGUAUCGGACUGGUGAUCGAAGAACGCGCAAUACCGAUUGAGCAGCGGGUAUAUACUCCCGGUAACAUGAUAGGGGUAUUCUUCGCUACGUUGAUAGCCACCUGGAACUUUGGUAACAUCGCUCCGUUCCUGGAAGUGUUCGGUAUGGCUCGGGGGGCAGCCGUCAAGGUGUUCUCCAUCUUGGAUAGUAAGCCGCUCAUUCAUAAGAAAGAAAACGCUGGCAAGAAACCCAACUUCAAGUCUGAUGUGGUGCUGCGCAACGUCGGGUUCAGGUACCCCUCGAGGUCAGAAAUACAGGUGCUGAGAGGCGUUAAUCUGCAAAUUAAGUUUGGGGAGACGAUCGCUCUGGUGGGUCACUCGGGUUCCGGCAAAUCUACCAUUAUCCAGCUACUCCAAAGGUUCUACGAUCCGAGUUCGGGAUGCAUCUUAAUAGACGGUGUGAAUUUGAAACAAGUUAACUUGAGUCACCUGCGAAAAAACGUAGGAGUGGUUAGUCAAGAGCCGUCGCUGUUCGCUACAACGAUAGCCGAGAACAUACGUUACGGUAAACUCAACGCCAGCACCGAAGAAAUCGUACGGGCUGCGAAGAAGGCGAACGCCCAUAGGUUCAUUCAAAAUUUGCCUAACGGCUACCAGACCCUUAUCGGCGAAAGAGGGGCGCAACUCUCCGGAGGUCAGAAGCAGCGCAUCGCCAUAGCCAGAGCUCUUAUCAAACACCCUAGUUUAUUGCUUCUCGACGAAGCCACAUCCGCUCUCGAUACCGAGAACGAGGCCGAAGUACAAAUGGCUCUGGAUUCGAUCGACUACACGUGCACUAAAAUUGUGGUGGCUCAUCGGUUGUCGACCAUCAGGAACGCCGACAGAAUUAUAGUUUUCGAUCAAGGUCGCGUCGUGGAAGAAGGUUCCCAUCAGCAAAUGAUGGAGGCUAAGGGGGCGUAUUCUAAAAUGAUCAACUCCCAAGGGUAUACCGAAUUAAAUAGAGAAGACGACAAAAUCAAUGAGGUCCAAACAAGGAAAUCCUCCAGAGUUAAGAGCAUGACCUUCAGUUCUCACAGUGGCUACGGCAGUGAUUCAGACGACGCGGAUACCGAAGUUGUCGAGGAAGAAACUGAAGAGCUGAGCUCCUUCCAGGUUAUUACCAAAAUCUUAAAGACAAACUCCCGCGAAUGGUUGGCCCUUUCAGCUGGUUGUCUGGCGUCGGUUUUGAACGGUGCAUCCUUACCCAUAUAUGGUUUAGUUUUCGGGGACAUACUGGGAGUGCUUGUUGUCGUGGAUGACGAGCUGCUUAGGUGGCAGGCCAAUCAAUUUUGCUUAUAUUUUCUCUAUCUUGGGAUAGCCACCGGAAUAUCUAUGUUCCUACAGUUUUUCGCUUUCGGAUACGCGGGAGAAAUCUUAACGUACCGCUUGCGGAACUGGACGUUCGAGGCGAUGCUCAAACAAGAAAUGGCGUGGUUCGAUAGGAAAGAGAACGGAGUAGGAGCGUUGUGCGCCCAACUCUCCGGAGAUGCGGCUAGCGUUCAAGGAGCUGGAGGUUCGAGGAUUGGUAUAAUAAUAAACUCCCUGUCUACUUUGGCUCUUUCCAUCAUCUUCGGCAUGUAUCUCGAGUGGAGGUUGACCCUGGUCGUCCUGGCGUUCUAUCCCCUGAUACUUUUCUCGAUGUACUAUGAGCGAAAGUCGAUCCAAUCGGACUCCACCAAGACCCAAAAGUUGCUCGAGAAGUCCGCAAAGGUUGCAGUUGAGGCCAUUGAAAACAUCAAAACGGUGAAAUCUCUUGGCUGCGAACACAUAUUUUGCGACGCCUACAACGUAGAGCUCUCAAUCUGUAUUAAGAUGGGGUUCAAGAGAUGCCACCUGCGCGGAUUUAUCAUGGGAUGCGCACGCAGUCUGAUGUUCACCUACGCAGCCGGACUCACUUAUGGGUCCAGGCUCGUCGUGGUUGCUCACGUCGACAGCGCGACCAUUUUCAAGGUUCUGGAGGUUAUUAUAUCGGGAUCAUGGUCGAUAGGGAACGCGCUCACCUUUUCUUCGAAUAUGCAAAAGGGUUUAACCGCCGCAGCGAGGAUUUUCCACCUAAUCAAACGUAUACCAGAAGUCCGAAACGAACCAGAGGCAGACAAAGCGGAAUGGGACAAGGGGUGCGUGGAAUUUUCAAAGGUUCAUUUUUCUUACCCUACUAGACCCUCAGUGCAGGUGCUUGAUGGUAUUGACCUGUCGAUAAUGGAAGGAAAAACAGUAGCUUUAGUAGGAGCUAGCGGAUGCGGAAAGUCUACAAUUAUCCAGCUUCUGGAGAGGUUUUACGAUCCCACAUACGGCGACGUAUUGGUAGACAGGGACGACAUCAAACACGUGACUUUGGAAUCGCUUAGGUUCCAUCUGGGUAUCGUGUCGCAGGAACCCAAUCUUUUCGACAGAACGAUAGCGGAGAAUAUCGGUUACGGCGUGCGGAAUCGGAGCGUGAGGAAGAAGGAGAUUGAGUUGGCGGCGAAGGCGGCCAACAUUCAUAACUUUGUCGCCAGUCUCCCGCUGGGCUAUGAAACGCGUCUGGGUUCAAAAGGCACGCAGCUUUCCGGAGGUCAGAAGCAGAGGAUUGCUAUAGCGAGAGCGUUGCUGAGGAAUCCGAGGAUUUUGCUUCUCGACGAGGCCACGUCAGCGUUAGAUAACGAAAGCGAGAAGAUUGUGCAGGAAGCCCUGGAUAAUGCUAGACAAGGACGGACGUGUAUCACGAUAGCUCACAGAUUGACGACUAUCCAAGCGGCUGAUUUGAUAUGCGUCCUCAAAGAGGGAAAAAUCGCCGAGACGGGCACCCAUACGGAGCUACUCGAGAGGAAGGGAUUGUACUUUGACUACUAUAAGCUUCAGUCCGGUCAGGGUUAAACGACUCGCUAACUCGGCCAUGUGGCGGCGCUGAUGAGUAGUUUCAUUUAAUAGAAAACCCCUAUUUAAUAGAUUCUUAUUGUAUUUGAACAACACAGUUUACCUUCUGCAAUUUUUAAACAAAUCGUCCGGCAUAUGAUGAAAAUGAUCAACGAAAAAAUCUGUCCCUAAUUUUAAUCAAAAUUUAUUUAGUUUUUACAAUUAAAAUAAUACUCCAAGCUUGCGCCAGACUUUUUUUA